AUGAAGCUCUCUCUUCUCGUCACUGCGGUCAUCGCACCCUUUGUCUCGGCCCAUUACUUCUUCGAUACACUUGUUAUUGAUGGCCAGGAAAGCACUCCUAACAAGUAUGUCCGUUCCAACACCCGGCCCGAGAAAUAUAACCCGACCAAAUGGAAAAACACCCGCGAUGAUAUGACCCCGGAUAUGCCUGAUUUCCGCUGUAACAAAGGCUCUUUUACCUUUGCUGGACAGACUGGCACCGCGGAGGUUAAGGCCGGGGCUAAGCUUGCCAUGAAGCUUGGUGUGGGUGCUACGAUGAAGCACCCUGGCCCUGGCCUUGUAUAUAUGUCCAAGGCUCCUGGUGCGGCCAACAAGUACCAGGGCGACGGUGACUGGUUCAAGAUCCACGAGGAGUCCAUCUGUGAUAAGAGCAAGGAUAUCAAAACCGAUGCCUGGUGCACUUGGGGAAAGGACCGUAUCGAGUUCACUAUUCCUGCGGAUCUGCCGGAUGGCGAGUAUCUUAUUCGGUCGGAGCACAUCGGCGUUCACGGAGCACAUGAUGGUCAAGCUGAGUUCUACUACGAAUGCGCGCAGGUCAAGGUCACCGGCGGUGGCCAUGGAACACCCGGACCUACCAUCAAAUUCCCUGGCGGUUACAAGAAGGAUGACCCCUCGUUCAACUUCAGUAUCUGGGGUGGCAUGAAGGAUUAUCCCAUGCCCGGUCCAGCCGUCUGGGGUGGUGCUUCGGGCUCUAAGCCUGCUUCCAAGGUAGCUAAUGUCAAUGGUGCCGGUGCUUCCCACCAGGAGGAGGCAGGAACUUGCGGAAGCCACCGUGAGCAUGCCCGUGACUUCAGCUACUAA